UAUCACAACGGAGACAUUUUUGAAUGCUGGGAUCUGAACUGACGAAGUGACAGUGAGUGGAUUAUAACUGAAAAGGAUUUUGUUUUGGUGAGUUUUCUUAUAAACUAAAAUAUCUGAAAAUCAGUGGAAAUGACUGAGAAACUUGCAAUCGUAGAAAACUACCUGAGCUGCCAUGUGUGUUCAGAGACAUUCAGAGAUCCUGUGUCUCUGAGCUGCAGCCACAGCUUCUGUUCAAGCUGCCUGCAGAAAUUCUGGGAACAAACUAAAAACAAAAACUGUCCCAUUUGUAAGAGAAAAUCUUCAAGGGAUGAAACAUCUAUAAACAUUUCUCUCAAAGAACUUGCUGACUCCUUUGCUAAGAGGCAGAGUGAGAGCUCACCUGAGACAGAAAAAGAAAAGGAGGAAGAGAAGGAGGAGGUGGUGUGUGAUAAACAUCCAGACGUCCCUUACUGGUACUGUGAGGAUGAAGACAGAGCUGUGUGUCCUGUGUGUGAGUUUUCUCUCCACCAGAGUCACAAAGUGGUUCCUGUAGAAGAAGCAGUCAGUGACCUGAAGGAGCAGCUGAAAUCUGACUUAAAGUCUCUGCAGGACAAGAGGAACAAAUACAAACAAGUGGAGGAAACAUACAAUGAAAUGAGGGAACACAUGAAGAAGCAGCUGUUGUCCACAGAGAGGCAGAUCAGAGCAGAGUUCAACAAGCUCCAGCAGUUCCUGAAAGAGGAAGAGGAGUCCAGACUGGCAGCUCUGAGGGAGGAAGAGGAGCAGAAGGGGAGGACUAUCAGCAGAGAGAUGAAGAUGAUUGAGGAGCAGAUCUCCUCUCUGUCAGACAGCAUCUCUGCUGUUGAAGAAGAGCUGCAGAAACACAGCGUGCCAUUCCUCAGCAGUUAUAAAGACACUCAGAGCAGAGCCAGAGCCCAGAGCUCAGUGUCAGAUCCACAGCUGGUCUCAGGAGCACUGAUAGAUGUGGCCAAACACCUGGGCAACCUGUCCUUCAGAGUGUGGGAGAAGAUGAAGGAGAAGGUCCACUUCAGUCCUGUCAUUCUGGACCCAAACACUGCAAACUGCUGUCUCUAUCUGUCUGAUGAUCUGACCAGUGUGAGGCGUGGAGACACAAAGCAACAGCUUCCUGAUAAUCCAGAGAGAAACACUAAGUAUUGUACUCUUUUUGGCUCUGAGGGCUUGAGCUCAGGGAAACACAGCUGGGAGGUGGAGGUGGGAGACCAUCCUUACUGGAUUGUAGGUUUAAUUAAAGAGUCAGCUGAUAAAAAUGAACCUUGUGCAUCACCAGAAUUUGGAAUCUGGUGUUUAGAGCGUCAAACUGGAGAAUACACUAAUGGUGAUGGUCAGACUCUCACACUGAAGAAGAGUCUCCAGAGGAUCAGAGUCCAGCUGGACUAUGACAGGGGGGAGGUGUCCUUCUAUGACCCUGAAGACAUGACUCACAUCUACACUCACAGAGGCACUUUCACUGAGAAACUCUUCCCAUAUUUCAGUGUUGGAAAGGCAGGAGACGCCAAAACGUCUGAUAUCAAAAUCUGUCACGCUGAGAUUUUAUUGAAAACAAUGAUGAGGUCGACGUGAUUUUUUUUUCCUAGUCCUUAAGAACUUUUUUGACAGUUUUGUUUAUAUUGUUUUUAAAUACAGUAUAUCCCAUAAGGAUAAAUCGAAAUGUCAAUGUACAAUAUAUAUAAGACAUAUUAUCUGAAUAUUAGACUGAUUAUUUGUUCUUAGAGUUCAUUUAUUUUAGUUUCCAGCCUGGGUUUGCUCAUUUCAGUUAAGUUUUUGUUUUAAAAUUGUUUCAAUUUAGUUUAGUUUUGUUGUUGUUGUUUUUUAUUAGUUUCAGUCUUCUCAAUUAUUUUUGUAUGGAGGGCAUGUCUCAGAGGCAGGAGGCCCAGUAUUUUUGUUCUUAAUAAGUCU